AACGAGUGUUUUUUUGUUUUUUAGUGUUUGACUUUUGAUAGACUACUAUUAAUUCGUUGUAGAUUGGAUAAACAAAAAACAUUUGCAAUUUUUUUGCUAAAUAUCGAGUUUUAAGCAUAAUUUUAAUGCAUUAGUUUUAGUUUGUUGUUCUAAUAUAAUUAAAGAGUCAAUUAUGUCGCAUCAUUACGUUGUAACCGCUCAUAAGCCGACCGCUGUAACUGCUUGUGUUACUGGUAACUUUACUUCGCCUACCGACCUCAAUUUAAUAGUAGCAAAAAACAGCCGACUCGAAAUAUAUAUGGUCACUCCUGAAGGUUUGAGACCCAUCAAGGAGGUAGGAAUAAAUGGCAAAGUGGCGGUUAUGAAGUUAUAUAGACCACAGUAUGAGAAGAAAGACCUGCUGUUCAUCAUAACAUAUAGAUAUAAUGCUAUGAUUCUGGAGUGUGUUAAUGAUGGAGACAGUUUAGAUAUACUCACUAAGGCUCACGGUAAUGUGUCAGAUCGCAUUGGCAAACCUUCGGAAACUGGAAUUCUAGCCGUUAUUGAUCCAAAAGCUAGAGUUAUUGGAUUAAGACUCUACGAUGGCUUAUUUAAAAUUAUUCCAUUGGACAAGGACAACUAUGAGCUUAAAGCUUCGAAUUUUAGAAUGGAAGAAUUGCAUGUGACAGAUGUUGAGUUUCUACAUGGCUGCGCCAAUCCAACUCUAAUACUUAUCCACCAAGAUGUAAACGGACGCCAUGUUAAAACCCAUGAAAUAUCGCUAAGAGAAAAAGAGUUUGUUAAAACUCCGUGGAGACAAGAUAAUGUUGAAACUGAAGCUUCAAUCAUAAUCCCUGUACCCUCUCCCAUUGGAGGAGCUAUUAUUAUUGGCCAAGAAAGUAUUUUGUACCAUGACGGUAUUGUUUCAGUUGUAGUUGCCCCCGCUGUUAUAAAACAAGGCGCUAUUACAUGUUAUGCUAGAGUUGAUCCUAAGGGCCUACGAUAUCUAUUAGGAGAUAUGUCUGGGCGUUUAUUUAUGUUGUUUUUAGAGACUGAUGGUGAUACUAAGGAGUUAGUGAGAGAUUUGAAAGUUGAAAUGUUAGGUGAAAUUGCUAUACCUGAGUGCAUUACCUAUCUCGAUAACGGAGUACUUUUUAUUGGUUCACGGCUUGGCGAUUCUCAACUUGUAAAAUUAAAUGUUAAAGCUGACGAGUCUGGUUCCUAUGUAACCGUUAUGGAAACAUUUACGAAUUUAGCUCCAAUCUUGGACAUGUGUGUGGUCGAUUUGGAAAGACAAAGCCAAGGACAAUUGGUUACCUGUUCUGGGGCUUUCAAAGAAGGUUCCCUGAGGAUUAUCAGGAAUGGUAUUGGGAUUCAGGAACAUGCUUCCAUUGAUUUGAUGGGAAUCAAAGGAAUGUGGGCUUUACAACUAAAUGGAGAGUCGCUAGAUGAUAUCUUAGUCCUAGCUUUUGUGGGACAAACUCGUAUUUUAAGUUUAAAUGGAGAAGAAGUUGAAGAAACUGAUAUACCAGGAUUCACUACAGAGCAAGAAACUUUCUUCAGUGGAAACGUGGCGCAUGAACAAUUACUCCAGGUUACUCCCGUCUCUGCUCGUCUAGUAUCUAUUCAAGCUAAAACUUUAGUGUCCGAAUGGAAACCUCCGACUGAUAAACACAUUAUUAUAGUAACUUGCAACUGUUCACAGAUUGUGGUGUCUACUGGCAACCAGUUGUACUAUUUGGAAAUACAUCCUAAUGAGUUAAUAUUAAAAGGGGAAACCACUUUAGAAGUGGAAGUUUCAUGUCUCGAUAUAAGUCCUCUAGGGGAAAAUGCUACCCGAUCUGAAAUCGUAGCUGUAGGAUUGUGGACUGAUAUUUCAGCAUGUAUAUUACGUUUACCAAAUUUAGAUGAAGCCCAUAAAGAACUGUUGGGAGGGGAAAUAAUGCCUCGUUCUAUUCUUAUGGCAACCUUUGAAGGACAGGACUACCUACUUUGUGCACUUGGUGACGGUUCCAUGUACUAUUUCUUUUUGGAAAAACAUGUUGGAACAUUAACUGAUAGAAAGAAAGUAACUUUGGGCACCCAGCCUACAAUAUUGAAAACUUUCAGGUCAUUAAACUCGACUAAUGUGUUUGCUUGUUCUGAUAGACCAACAGUUAUUUACUCAUCUAAUCACAAAUUGGUAUUUUCUAAUGUUAACUUAAAAGAAGUGACUCAGAUGUGCUCUUUGAAUGCUCAAGCGUAUCCUGACAGCUUGGCACUGGCAACAACUACUUCCGUUACUAUUGGGACAAUAGACGAAAUUCAAAAGUUACAUAUAAGAACGAUUCCAUUGCAUGAAUCACCAAGGAGAAUUUCCUACCAAGAAAGUAGCCAGACAUUUGGAGUCAUCACUUCCCGGAUAGACAUUCAAGAUUCAACAGGCUUAAAUCCAGUAAGACAGAGUGCAUCAACUAUGAGCCAAGCAAUGACAGUUUCCAGUGGCGUUGCUAGCUUAGCAAUGGGAAAAUCUGGUAAUUCAAGUUCAAUGGUCACAGGUGGCUCUGCAGAAUACGGUCAAGAAAUUGAAAUUCACAAUUUGCUAAUAAUCGAUCAAAAUACAUUUGAAAUAUUAGCCGCCCAUCAGUUUAUGCAGCAAGAGUAUACCAUGUCUUUGAUUUCUUGCCAGCUAAGUAACGAUUCCAAUACAUAUUUUAUUGUUGGUACUGCCACAGUAAACCCAGAAGAAUCCGAACCGAAAUCUGGUCGAAUAGUAGUGUUCCAUUUUACCGAUAACAAACUCGUGCAAGUUUCGGAAAAAGAAAUUAAAGGAGCUUGCUAUUCGCUUUCUGAAUUUAACGGGAAACUAUUGGCUAGUAUUAACAGUACAGUAAGAUUGUUUGAGUGGACGGCUGAAAAGGAACUACGAUUGGAAUGCUCUCACUUCAAUAAUAUUGUAUCACUUUAUUUGAAAACUAAAGGGGAUUUUAUUCUUGUUGGUGAUUUGAUGCGCAGCAUUACUCUUUUGCAAUAUAAAACUAUGGAGGGUAGUUUUGAGGAAAUUGCACGUGAUUAUAAUCCAAACUGGACGACGGCAAUCGAAUUCUUAGACGACGAUAUUUAUUUGGGAGCAGAAAAUUGUUUCAAUAUGUUUGUGUGUCAAAAAGACAGUGCCGCUACUACGGAUGAAGAAAGGUCUCAGAUGCAACAAGUGGGACAUUUCCAUGUGGGAGAUAUGAUAAAUGUUUUCAGACAUGGAUCCCUGGUGAUGCAAAAUAUUGGAGAGACUUCAACGCCUACAAGGGGCUGUGUUUUGUUUGGAACGAUUGGAGGCGCUAUAGGUUUGGUUACACAAAUUUCCCAAGAGUUUUACGAGUCUCUGCGUGAUUUACAAACCAAAUUGGGGUCUACAAUUCAAUCAGUAGGUAAGAUAAGUCAUCAGUCUUGGAGGGCUUUUCAUACAGAUAUAAAGACUGAUAACUCUGAGGGAUUUAUCGAUGGCGAUUUGAUUGAAAGUUUUUUGGAUUUACCACCCGAGACAAUGAGAGAAGUUGCUACUAGUUUGGGAGUGACAGUUGACCAUUUAAUUAAGACAGUAGAAGAUUUAACCAGAAUACAUUAGUGGUUUUCCUUUUUAAAUGUUUUUCGUUUCCAUUAAUUAUUAAAAUCCAAGAUUUAAUUUGUGUCUCGAUUUGUGUAUUAAAGAGUUUUUACUGUCUAUAUUUUAGCAGUAGUUUUAAUUUUGCUUUUGUUUUCAAGUUUUAAGAAAAAUGUUAUUUAAUUUUGGAUAAAAUAAAAGCAACAUAAAUAUUUAAAACAAUUAUAUCAACUUAUUUUAUGCCCACUUCUCACUUGCAGUGAAUUUCUAGUGGAAAUUCAAGAGUUUGUCCGGUUUAAGUAUACUGGAACCUAUGAAUUACAACCCACAGUCAUUAUUUUAAGUUUACUAACGAAAAUAGUGUACUUGACUGCAGUGACACUCAUUUCAUGACAGUGUAAACUUUUUGGGCUCAUUUAUAUACAGUAUACAGUUGGCAAAAAUAAUAUUAAAUUUUUGUCAAAAAAACAUGUUAUAAUUAAAUAAAACUAAUAUAAAGAAUAUGAUUAAGCAAUUUUAUUUUUAUUUACAAAAUUAUUUUAGAAUAUUUCUCCUUGCACACACACAGUCAAUUCUUUAACAUUUACAUGGUCAGGAGUAGACAAAAUAUAGAGAACAGUUUCAGCAAUGUCCUUGGACUCCAAUCCGGCUCUACUUUUCAAACGUUCAUCUAUUGCCUUUCCGAAAGCUCUUUCAAUAAAGUCUGUAGCAACAUAUCCAGGACUUAAACUGGUAAUUUUAAUCGGUAACUUUUCCCUGUUAAUUUCCAAACGCACUGUUUCAGUUAAGGCCGUUAUUGCAUGCUUGGUUGCAGGAUAAACACUGGCAUUGGGAAAAUCAUAAACACUAUGACCUGCCAUACUGUUUACAUUGAUUAUGUGGCCUUUCAGGUUGUGCUGUUUCAUGCUUGCAACGGCUUCCCUGAUGCAAAUUGCUACUGCGAGAAUGUUGGUGUCCAAAACCGGCUUCCAUUUUUCAAUGUCGCCACCAAUGAUGUUGGUUUCUAUUGAUAGGCCUGCGUUGUUGAUUAAAACGCUUAUUGGGCCAUGAUUUGUAGUAAUUUUUUUGAAUGUUGUUAGAAUUUCUUGUUGAUUGGUCAAGUCACAUUGGAAAGCGUGUAAUUUACCUUUUUCAUUGAUAAGUUGUUUUGAGUGGUCUUCCAGACGAUCAACUCGUCUGGCUAAGCCUGCUACGAUAACGCCAUUUUUCACUAAAAGUUCAGCUACAGCUUUUCCGAUUCCGGCAGAAGCUCCAGUGACUACAGCUACUUGCCCAACGAAUUUUUUUAGUGAUAAUGACGACAUU